AUGAACCACAACAAACCUAGUACCCCUCGUGCUACCACUUCCCGUGAAACACCCCGUGAUGACCAUCGGUGUCGGCGUCCUGGUGAUAAAAACUGGACCUUCUACCAAGGUCCUUGCCAGCCAAGUGAAGAUGAUGCCUUCCGUUUGGAUCCUCCCAGACCUUGUUCCUGUCGCCACGACUCUUCCAGACAUCGUUCCAAUCGCCAUGACCCUUCCUCGACACCAAGUGACGACAUCUUCCGCCUCUUCAAUACCUUUCCAAGAAUGGAUCAAAUGCACAGACAAAGGAUGACACUUUGCCGCAGACCAAACAUGCCACAAAUCUACAGACCUACCGUUGGUGUCAGACUCUCAAUGGCCCACGUUGCCGUUCUAUCUUCUCCCGCAGCCAAAGCCUUCUUUAAGAACGCCGAUAUUCCACAACAAUUCAGCAAGAUCAUCAACUGCUUUCGUGCUGCAAUGAAUCCAGAUGAAUUGAGAUCAGAUAUGUCGGGUGAUGAAAAGACAACAAGGUACCCAAUAAUCUGGGAUUCCGGUGCAACAACCUCGAUCUCACCUUACAAGGACGAUUUUGUGUGA